CUCUCGCGAUGGUUCUCGAGACUUCGCGCGGGACCUUGCAGUCGUUGCCUGGAGACGGCGCAUCCUGGGAAGGCCGGGCGCUUUGGUUUGUUGGUCCAGACAGGCGGGAAACCACAACCAUGGCGCCCAAAAAGAAAGGGAAGAAAGGCAAAGGCAAAGGCACUCCGAUUGUUGAUGGGCUGGCUCCGGAGGACAUGAGCAAGGAGCAGGUGGAGGAGCACAUCGGCCGCAUCCGGGAGGAGCUGGACCGUGAACGAGAGGAGCGCAACUACUUCCAGCUGGAGCGUGACAAGAUCCACACUUUCUGGGAGAUCACUCGGAGGCAGCUGGAGGAGAAGAAGGCCGAGCUGCGGAACAAGGACCGGGAGAUGGAGGAGGCCGAGGAGAGGCACCAGGUGGAGAUUAAGGUCUACAAGCAGAAGGUGAAGCACCUGCUGUACGAGCAUCAGAGCAGCCUGACGGAGAUGAAGGCGGAGGGCACCGUGGUCAUGAAGCUGGCGCAGAAGGAGCACCGUGCACAGGAGGGGACGCUGCGCCGGGACAUGCGGGCACUGAAGGUGGAGCUGAAGGAGCAGGAGCUGGCCAACGAGGUGAUGGUGAAGAACCUGAGGCUGAAACACACCGAGGAGAUCACCAAGAUGCGCAACGACUUUGAGAGGCAGGUGCGAGCACCAGGGGUUCUGCUCAGCUGCUCCGGGUGCUGCUGCCUUUCAGAAAUCGAGGCCAAGUACGACAAGAAGAUGAAGAUGCUUCGGGACGAGCUCGACCUGCGCAGGAAGACAGAGAUCCAUGAGGUGGAGGAGAGGAAGAACGGCCAGAUCACCACGCUGAUGCAGCGGCACGAGGAGGCCUUCACCGACAUCAAGAACUACUACAACGACAUCACCCUCAACAACCUGGCUCUCAUCAACUCCCUCAAGGAGCAGAUGGAGGACAUGCGGAAGAAGGAGGAGCACCUGGAGAAGGAGAUGACGGAGGUGGCCAUGCAGAACCGGCGCCUGGCGGACCCCUUGCAGAAGGCUCGGGAGGAGAUGAGUGACAUGCAGAAGAAGCUCAGCGGCUAUGAGAGGGACAAGCAGAUGCUGGUGUGUACAAAAGCCCGUCUGAAAGUCACCGAGAAGGAGCUGAAGAGCCUGAGGUGGGAGCACGAGGUGCUGGAGCAGCGAUUCAUCAAGGUGCAGCAGGAGCGGGACGACCUGUACCAGAAGUUCACCUCGGCCAUCCUGGAGGUGCAGCAGAAGGCGGGUUUCAGGAACCUCGUCCUGGAGCGCAAGGUGCAGGCGCUGGUUGCCGCCGUGGAGAAGAAGGAGGUGCAGUUCAAUGAGGUGCUAGCGGCCUCCAACCUGGACCCCGCGGCCCUGACCCUCGUGUCCCGCAAGCUGGAGGACGUUCUGGAAUCGAAGAACAGCGCCAUCAAGGACCUGCAGUACGAGCUGGCCCGGGUCUGCAAGGCCCACAAUGACUUGCUGCGCACCUAUGAGGCGAAGCUGCUGGCCUUCGGAGUUCCCCUGGACAACGUGGGUUUCAAGCCCCUGGAGACCGCUGUGAUCGGGCAGACGCUGGGACAGGGCCCCGCAGGACUUGUGGGCACUCCAACGUAGCCCCAGCCUGGGUGAGGUCCCCCCACAGCAAGGACAGCAGCAGCCAUCAGACUGCAGCCACUCCUCACUGUGAACCCUGAGGAAACUCGGGAAGGAGAAGAAUACCUGCCCUCCAGCAGCCAUCAGACUGCAGCCACUCCCCACCGUGAGCAGUGAGGAAACUUGGGAAGGAGAAGAAUACCUGCUCUCUAGCAGCUAUCAGACUGCAGCCAGUCUCCACUGUGAGCCCUGAAGAAACUCAGGAAGAAGACAGGAUAUUUGCCCCAGAUGGUGAAGUGUGUAUCAAAAGGAAUAAUUUCAAUGAGAUGACUCUUGCAUCUUCCCAUACAUAGAAAAGUGCUAAAUUCCUUACCUUUAGAUGCUGCCUCCAGUUUUGAAGUCCUAAAAGAUUCUCACUGAAUAAAACUUAACUCUCAACACCUAUGUUAUAAAUAUUUUUAUGUCUACACAUGUGAAGUAGACACUUUCCAAAGAACAACAGAAGACAAAGCUCAACAUGCGGAACACUGGCACCAAUGGUGGACACGCCCCCAAAGAUGUAACUGAUGGAGUAAUUAGAACAGUCAGCACCCCUUUUUCCAUAAGAUUGUGGAAUGGACACUGACAGUGGGGAAUUGUUACAGGGAAGAACAAAAUCUGACUCCAGGUUUUAAAAUUAAAAAAAAAAUUAAAUCCUUUACUUUAAGCUUUGCUUCCUGUUGGCUUGUUUACUGUAAGGAUACUGUCCAUACGUAAUGGCCUACCUCAGGAAACCCUGCCCUCUGCUUUUGUUCAGGACCUGUCCACCUGUGGAUGGGUACAGGAAGGAAGAAAGUAACACAUCUCCUCCCGAGCCUGGCCAUUCCAGGAGAUAUUUGCCAGAUUAAUGGCCUUUUUAUUUUAUUUCCUUACCUCCCCAGCUCUGUGUCCUAUAAAAGACACUGGCAUCCAGACCCCAACAAGGUGGUUUCUUUAAAAUAUUAGUCUGCUGUCUUCUUGGUCUGCUGGCUUUCUAAGUAAAGUCAUAUUCCAUGCCUCAGCACCUCACCUCUGAUUUAUUGACCUGUUGUAUGGCAAGCAAAGCGAGCUUGGACUUGGUAAUAAUUCCACAUGCCUUGCAGUCAAAAAAUCAAAACAUAAAAUGGAAGCAAUAUGUAACAAAUUCAAUAAGGACUUCAAAAAUGGACCAUAUCAAAAAGACCUGAAGCCAAAACCCAAAAAGAACUCAGUGGUUGUCUGAAAUUUUUAGAAAAGGGGUUAGUACCCUCUUGCCAGUACCCCCUGAAGCCACACUGGACAGUUAGGCCCUGUCCAUUCAGGACACCUUCUCCAGACCCCAGGUACUGCUGCCCCCAGUGCUCACCUGGAUCUCAGGAGGUAGAAGAGACACAACCUAGGGGGUCUCUUCCCUUGUCCAGGGGAGCGUCACACUAGCCACCCUAUCUCCCUGCCCAUAAUAAACACAGCAUAAGGAGCGUCUUGUCGGCACCUGGGCCAGUGAUGCUGUGAACACCUGGACUGCCUUGUCCUUGUGAGAUGUGAUAUGAAGACAACACAGAAAGAGAAUCAGCCAAGAAGGAUCUGAUCACGAGUAAACCCCUCUUCACAGGGACCCUGUGAGACCCAAGCACUUGCUCUGCUCACCCUGCACUGACUUUUGGGAACUGGCCUUUGUCAUUCUCUGGGCAGGAGGUGGGAGAGACAACCUAGUCUUUCUUCUACCUCCUGAGACUCAGGUGGGCACUGGGGGCAGCAGAACCUUCAUCUGGAGUCCAGAGAAGGUGUCUUGAAUGGACAGGGCCUAACAUUCAGUGAGGCCAGCCCUUGUCCAUACUGCACUGACCUGCUGCAGGGUCUUGGGUUCCCUGGCAUCCAGCUCACCCAUCGCUAACCCCAGCUUGAGGUGUCUUGGGAUCCCCUCGCUGGCAGGCACCCAGGAGUAGAAAGCUGCAUACCCAGCGAGAAAUAAAAAUUUCCUUCUUAGUCUUCACACGAAAGGGAACUGUGAGCAGAUGAAGCCACCAAAGAGAGGGCCAAGUUAACACUGAGGCUGAAGACCUGUUUCAUGUUUCCUAGGCUCACAGGCACCCAGCACUUCCUGUUACCUACAGUAAUUAGCGCUUUGUAGUUCCUUUUCACUUUCCUAUAUCAGACUUUACCCCCAUUAUCCCAUCUGUGCCCAUUCUUCCUUGGAGAAGUAUAUGGAAAUAUCUUUGAAAGCAUCUUUGGCCUAAGAAAAAUAAUAGAGUUCAUCAGUGACUUACUCAUAUAAGUCAGACUUUAGAGCUGGGCCUUCUCCUCCACCUUGGGUGCAGGGAGUAGCCUGAAGCUAGUGGAUGGUCUCUGUGAGACAGGGAUGAAUAAUUUCCUUCCCGACUGUGUCCUGCUUGACUGAGCAAACACUGAGCCUCCUAACUCUCCCUGGACACACAGCAGUCGAUGAUGCUAGUGUCCUGUUCCACCCCACUCUAUCCCACCGUCUCAGACAGCACCAGGUACUCCCAUCCUGUGUAUGUUCACAGAGUUUACUCAGUGGCGCAGGCAAGCAGUCUGUGGUCCUUCAGGGACCACCUCCAUGUCCUUCCUAUAGAGCUGGCUUAGAGUCCAGCUUUGCCAGUCUGCCGCUCACCAUGGGCUUCCACUCUGUUCUCCCAGUAUCUCCCUCAAUGCUCUCCUCUGGGGACCUGUUGGGGCUCAUGGCCAUGGCACUGCCUCAAGGCCAAGGUUACCUGUGGAAGAAGAAGAUGCUGAGAUAGCCUAGACCACUGUCCAGGGCCAGGUCUGUCUUCCUUGGGUGGAGUGUCCAGGGCAGGACAGUGUGGGGAAAGUCGGGGUGGGGGUAUUGGUGGGAUGGAGGGAUCCUAACCAGCUAUGGCAGACCAGCCUAAUGUGAACUAGAUUUGGUUUCUUUGAUUCCCCUACAAUUCAGCCCCUCUGAGGAAAGGCAGUGGGAGUAUUGUGUCUGUGGGUGACGGAGGGAGUCCUGAGGAGACCUGGAAGCCCCUAACUGCUGGACUGGGGUCAGGUUGAAAUCAGGGCUCUGUUCCAGUGCCGGGGAGGGAAUAUUUCUCCAGUGUUUUGGGGAUCUCUGCCUGGGUACUCUGGGAAAAUCUGGGCACAACAUGGGUUCUACAUCUAAGGGACAAGUUGCUAAGCUUCAGGAGAUCUGGGUCACACCGGCUGAAGGAACUGGGGUUCCUCAUAAGGAGGGGAUUGGGGGGUCUUUUGGCUGAUGUAGAAUGCACAGGGUGAGAGAACUUGGGAUCUUUGAGGCUGAGGAAAUUGGGGAUCUCUCAUUAAGGGGCUUUAGGUGUCCAACAUGCAGGACAGUUGGGGUCUUGAGCAUGACAGGAUUACGAGUUCCCAGGCUGAAGUAUUCGGGGUCUCUGAGGAUAAGGAAAUUUGGUCUCUGCAGGUGCUGUUUUUAGGGUGCCUCAGGCUGAGGGGAAUUGGGGUUCCUCUAGAUAUUUGGGGGUCGCAGCACUAGGGGAUUCGGUGUUUCUUGGAUUUGGGGUUUCCCAGCCUGGAAUUGGAAGACGCCAGGCUAAGAGUUUACGAGGGUUUCACAGGGCGCUUUUCCGUCUAUCCUCCGGCGCUGCCCAACCCGGCCCGGGGCGCGCCCGGACCUGGGCGUUGUCCAGCCGAGCCUAGUCCAGUCCUUCCGGGCUGAAGAUGAGCGAAAGGCGAGCAUCAGGCUUAUACAGGCCUGUCAGGCACAAGCCUCCAAUCGGCGUUGCGACCGAAGCAGCCCGGCCAAUAGGCGCCGGGAGAGUGCGGAGCGCGCAGAAGGUCCCGCCCCACCGCUCGGGGAUUGGCUGCUCUGCGUCUCGCGCGUGUCUGUCAGGAGGCCUUCAGCGCGCAGGCGCAUCUUGGCAAUUGUCUUUGCUUUCAGGCGCAGUCUUAGUCCUGGAACCUGAAGUCGGCGGAGGGUCCUCCUCAGGCAGGGUGUUUCCUUCCAGUUCCCUGAACUAGACUCUCGCCUCCACCAGACUUGAAAUACUGCUCUCGAACUUUCUCCCAGGCCCACCUGUGCCCUACUUUGUCAAAUCCAGUUUUGGGAAGAACUGUAUGUGAUGAGUUCCGCGUUAUUCAGGGGAAAACUGUGUAAUUAACUAAAUCAGAUGAGACACAAGAUAAAUAACAUAUGGACAAAGAUUUAAACGCAACGCAUGGAAUAAUAAGUAUAUUAGGAAAAACUUGGAGGAUUUUUAACCUCAAAGUAGAAGCGGUACUGAUGAAUAAUCUGUAUAUUUAAUGUAGGUAUAGGCUUCCCUGGUAGCUCAGACGGUAAAAAAUCCUCCUGCAAUAUGGGAGACCUGGCUUCGAUCCUUGGGUUGGGAAGAUCCCCUGGAAGAAGGCAUGGCAACCCACUCCAGUAUUCUUGCCUGGAGAAUCCCCAUGGACAGAGGAUUCUGGCAGGCUACAGUUCAUGGGAUUGCAAAGAGUUGGACAUGACUGAGCGACUAAGCACAAUGUAGGUAUUAAAAGGCUUCAGAAAUGAG